AUGCAAAAUAUUCCUUAUGCAUCUACUGUGGGAAGUUUGAUAUAUGCACAUGUUUGCACUCAUCCAGAUAUUGAUUUUGCAGUUGGAAUGCUAGGUAGAUACCAAAGCAAUCCAGGAAUGCAUCACUGGAAAGCUGCAAAGAAAGUUACGAGAUACUUACAAGGAACAAAGAAUUAUAUGCUCACAUUUAGAAAGACUGGUGAGUUAGAGGUUAUUGGUUACUUAGACUCAGAUUUUGCUGGAUGUGUGGAUAGUAGAAGAUCCACUUUUGGUUAUUUGUUCCUUUUAGCUGGAGGGGCAAUAUCAUGGAAAAGCGCAAUUAUUGCUUCAUCAACUAUGGAGGCUGAAUUUGUAGCAUGCUUUGAGGCUACAAAUCAUGGUUUGUGGUUGCGGAACUUUAUUUCGGGAUUUGGUGUUAUGGAUUCAAUUUCUAGACCGCUGAAAAUUUAUUGUGAUAACACCGCAACUGUCUUAUUUACUAAAAACGAUAAGUAUUUCAAUAGCGUUAAGCAUAUGGAGCUGAAAUAUCUUACCGUUAAAGAAGAAGUUCAGAAUCAACGAGUGUCUUUUGAAAAUAUAAGCACACAGCUUAUGGUUGCAGAUCCAUUGACAAAAGGAUUACCACCCAAGACAUUCAUAGGGCAUGUUGAAAGAAUGGAUUAUGUUAAAUGGGUUACUAGUGUUGUGGUACAUGGAAGGGACUGUGUCAUUUAG